CUCUGCAGCACUUGCGCACGCCUUUUACGCUCCGCUCACCUCUCCGCGUAGUAAAGCCUCUCCUCUCCGUCACCAGCAGCCGGACUCAGUCUGCUGAGGGCCGACGCUGAGUCUCGACACGGGCACCGAGACAAACGAAGACGGUUUUGAGAACCACCCCCUCCCUUCCCCUCCUCCUCCUCUCCUCCUCCUCCUCUGUCUGUUGUUGCGCUUCUGCUGCAGCGGCUAAGUUCAGGUGAGCCUCGUCACCGGCACAACAAGUCCUCUCUCCGGUACCGAGCGGGAUGCUUGCACCCUCCCGUUAAAUGAGGAUGUUAUAAAUGGGCCGCGCAGGAUGUGAAGCCUCGCUAGAAGAAGCAGGAGGAUGGCGAAACCAGGCUUGUCUGCGGCGGUGCUGCUGCUCCUGCUGGGCUUCCUCUCGGCGUCCUCCGUUAAAGCCGACACCCUGCUGUCAGCUCCACUCAAUGUGACCAUCAAAGACAUUGAGGUAAACUCCGCCGUGGUCACGUGGGAAAUCCUGGAGGGGGACCCCGUCAUUGGAUUUGCCAUCACUCAGCAGAAGAAGGAUGUACGCAUGCUGAGGUUCAUCCAGGAGGUCAACACCACCACACGCUCCUGCGCAUUGUGGGAUCUGGAUGAGGACACGGAGUACAUCGUUCACGUUCAGAGCAUCAGCAUGGGAGGCAGCAGCCCCCCCAGCGAGCCCAUCCUCUUCAGGACGCCCAAAGAGUCGGAGAAGAUGGCGUCUAAGAGUCCAGACGAGGUGACGAUGGAGGAGGUUGGUCAGGCUGCUCAGCUGAGGGCUGGAGAACUCAUCAUCAUUGUAGUGGUGCUCAUCAUGUGGGCAGGGGUGAUCGCCCUGUUUUGUCGUCAGUAUGACAUCAUCAAAGACAACGAGCCCAACAACAACAAGGACAAAGCCAAGAACUCCUCAGAGUGCAGUACUCCAGAGCACCCACAGGGGGGGCUACUGCGCAGCAACGUCUAAGACCAGCCCUGCAGAGCCUUGUGCAAUAACCAACUCCUCGAACCUCAGGACAGUUCAGUGAAUUUCUCGUCCAGAUCCUGAGACCAACAGAAAGCCAUUCUCAGACACCAUCGUACUGAAGAGCUGAUAAACCAUGACAGAAACUUUUCUCUACACAAUGAGGAACUCUUCAAAACCAGUGGACACACACAUGAACUUGCAGAAUCACAGACUGCAACCAGUCAAAUGGGAGCAGGAGAGGACAACAUUACUCUUACCUUUGUUGUGACCAAAACUGGACUGCAGCCUACUUUGAGUGGACGGCCAACACAAAGACACAGGACAUAAAAUGGCCGUUGAUCAAAGCACGGGAGGGGGCGUCUUUUCCUCUUGACAAGAACUGCUCGAUUCAUACGUUCUGAUUACUCUUCAUCAGUGGCAUCAAACCAGGAGCAGACCAUCAAACAUGAAUGUCUCAGUAUUUUUGUUUCAACUUCAGGUUUGUAUCACUGGUCAGAGGUUCAGAGAUGACUCGUGGGAACAGCUGGUCCUCUGGGUCCAGGUUAUCAGUCAGCACACAACUUAACAAGCUAGGUUCAGUUUUAAACCAAGGACUUUCUCUUUUUCUAUCUCUCCAUCCACAUCCGUCCUUUCUGUCUUUAUUACAGCCAGUUGUGUAGCAGCUCAUCUCGCCCCGUCUUUCUGUGUCGGUGUCUCUCUAAUAAGCACAUUGACGUUUGGUGCUCCUCCUAUUGUGAUUGUUUGAGCCCUCACAAUCCCAGUCUUGAUUACGAUAUCAUUUUCUUAUUGGGUCAGAAAUAUUGCACGUUGAGUCUUGUCUCCUGCCUCUUUCUCUCUCUGUGUCAUCAGAUAAAUGAUGCGUCUGUUUUUUUCUCCUCUCUGAACUGCAACCUCAACGCCCUUGUCAGUUAGGGGAUAAAAUGUGACACAUUUUUACAGUACACCAUAUUUUCCUUAUAUGAGUUGGAUGAUGCUGUCUGAAUGCAGCUGUGAUUCAGACAGAGUUCAAGAAUCGACCGAGCGAUCUCGCACCACAGUGGUGUCUGACUCCAAAUCCAAAUUUUAUUCCAACUUCCAGGUUUGAAAUCCAGAAGUUAACUUCAGUGUCCAACUUUGAAAAGACUGGCCCGUCUGGAAAAUGACAGAUUUAGGUUCAAAUUGAGGUUUAUUGCUCAUCACUGCAUAUUCAGCACCAUAUGCUAUCUGCGGUCUGCAACAGGAUGUGCAGGGAAUAAGGAUGGAGACAUGCAGGACAUCAUUCCUAAUGAAAUGUAUACACUGGGCAAAGUUUGGCUAGGUUUCCGCUCCGGUUUGGCGGGAGACCAGCAGGGAUGCCAGGCUGCAGAAGCACACAGAUAAUCCACUCGGCUGUCUGGCUGUUUUGAAAUGUAAACCGUUUCCCCUCAGACGCCUUCUGAAACUAUCAUUACCCUGCAAACCUGUAAUGUAUGAGAUGGAGAAAAAAAAGCAUAAAAUCCAGGUGUAAAUUCACUAAAGAUGCAGAUUGGAUCGCCAGAACUACCAGCACUUUGUGGAACAUGCAGACUGACAGCACAGCUAGAACUUGCGAGAACUGUGGCGGCAUUUUAGGGCAAAAAAUAUCACGAUAACUUUCCCUGUAUUGAUCAAUAACGAUAUUUAUCACGAUAUAUAUUUUGAUAAUGCUGCGAGUUUGAAAAGUAUACUGGAAACCAAAUGAUUUCCAGUCUCCUGCGGCACUUGUCAUAAAGCUGGGGCAGAGAAGUUUGAGAAGAGUAUAUCCCGCCUGGGAGCUCGUACCUGCAGUCUCGCACUUUAGUUUCUUGAACCCGUCUUUGUCCACAGUGCUCAUGGGCAUCAUGUCUUUGGCUAGAAAGUUUGUCACUGCAUCCGUUAUAUCUCUGCUCCUGUCCGAUCGCUUCUUAUACGAGGUUACGGCGGCAAAAACGGACACUAUUGAUUGUUGCCAACAGCAGCAGAAGUGAUUGGCUGAGCAAGGUUGAGCAACACUUGAUGGUGGACUUACUGCUGUUUUGGCCUGGAUGUUCAUGCUCUUAGUGUAGUCGUCGCGAUGCCACCUUUUCAGGUGAUGGAAAAAGUUGCACGUCCUGGUUGGCGCCAACCAACGACAUAUUUUGCAGACAGUCUUUGUACGUGUUUCGUCACCUUUCAACUAGCCAAACCACUUCCAAAUUAUUAUUAUGAUAAUUAUGAUUAAUUAGGAUUAAUCAAGGAAAAUCAGCAGUAUUUGCAGCCCUAGUUCUGAAGCACACUUGGACAUCCACUUAUUAAAGGAGAAAUCAGCCGAACUCGUAACCUCCCACUUGUUUCGUACCACUUGAUGAAGGGUUUUAUGUGACAGACCAAAGGACUUCAUCAGAAUUAUCCAGCUACAGAUAAAGCUUCAUUAUCUUCUUCAGGCCUUCCUGUUUAAUUAUGAUUUGUUAUCCACAUAAUUGCAAAUAUAUUGGACCCUCGCCCCUGAAUACUGACGCUCACCAGCUGAGUUCACCAUGAAGUCAGACAGAAAAACACUGCGAAGCUGAACUCAGCAGACUUACAGCCAUAUUAGAGAUAAUGAGUGAAUGUCUGAAUGCCUCGCUGGUUGAGAUGACUGCUAAUCAGCACCACACACACACACACACGUAUACAUACGCACACGCUGGAUUUAUGUACUGUAUUUAAAUACUGUGCUGGAUGAGACAGACACUACUUCCUCAUCUCUAUCAUCAGUUCUACCAGCACAUCAAACCCUCACCCUGCCAUCCAUUUUUCACCCUCUACCUCUUUUAUCAGCCUCCUUCUUUCCUCCUCUAUCUUCAGCCACCCUCAUCCGCCUUCAUUCUUCCAUUUAUGACUUUCCCCUCACUCUCUAUCCCUCUGUCGCAAUGCUCUUUCUCUCAUACAUCACUCCACCCUUCCUGGUUUCUCCCCUUCACCAGUCUUGUCCUCACUUCUC